CUUCAUCCUGAAAAAGAUUCUGCUCCUUGCUCAGUGCCAGUGAUCGUUUGAACUUCAGUCUUGGUGUCCUGUGUGUCUGUGUGUGUGUUGUUGUAGUGGAGUGUAGAGCAGCAAUCAGCACAGCUGCUGUGAACGUUUAUUGCAAUACAGGAACAGGAACAGGUGGCGGUGGAAUUUUGAAGUGUCGUGCGUUUUAGUGCCUCUACGUUGAAAAAGAUGGCUAUAGCAUAUUAUGACGAGGAUGAGGAUGAGAUGAGCCAUACGGACUCAACCUUCACCGGAUAUGACGACGAUCAACUCGUGCCACUGGCAUUGGACCCACCAACACAUAACUUCUUUCAACGCUAUUCGCCAGCUAUGGAUGAUCUGCAUGUGGCAAUCGCAAAUUUGCUGCGAGUUCUGGCCCGCGUGGUUAUCUUGUACAUAGUUGCUCGUGUAAUGCUGUAUGGCUCACACCGUGCCGAGAUGGUAAUGUGUUUCGUAGUGGUAGUGGUAUUCUACCGCUAUUACAUAAUUCACCUAAUAAAUAACGUGUUUCAUCCUGGAGAAGAUGUAAAUCGUGGAUCGAACAUCAUUAAUGCAGAGGCACCCACGGAAUUUUUCUACAAAGUGCCGGAUCUGGCAUGAUCUGGUUCACUGGUCCUACUUGACAGAUGGAUGAGGUGUCUGAGGCUCAAAGCCGCUAUAAAUAAACGAUUAAAACUAGUUCUUGCUUCCCUGCACCGGUAACACUACCUGCACUGUUUACAGACCUGACUGAAUUGUUUACACAUAUAACCUAAUAUUGGGAUUAGUUUAAUCCUUCUGGUGGUGUUAGUACACAUUAUCGGCAUCGAUGGCACACUGUUCUGGCGGAAAUAUACUCGAAACUCUUACACAUACUCGCUAGUUUAAGAUAGGAUAAGAUUCAUUCUAACACUUCCUUCACAAGAUGCUGCUACUAGGAUAAGCACAACUGAAUGUUGUUCGGGAAAUACUGGUCUUCGCUUUACCUGCAUCCUGGUUCUCCAAACCACAACCAGCACUCAAACCACCUACGCUCCGGCACCGGGGAUUUGGUGCACCAUGUACAUUCGGAAAACUUUAGGUACGCAGCUGAUACUGAUACUGAUAAGAAGCUAACAUUUAAACAUUAGAAAAAUCGUGACCGAUGAUUUGGACGAUCACGCGCUACCUUUGUUGCCUGCACCUUCACAAGGACAUACUUAACUCAAGGGGAAAAAAGGUAUGUUCCGUGCACUUGAAAGCAGAGGUACACCAUACCAGUUUAAGAGCUCACUUAGAUGAUAAGAAGUUACUAGAGAUUUCUACAAAGCAUCCCUCGCCCUGACACCCAAACAGUGAUGAGAAGGGAGUACUUUACUGAGUGGUCACAACACCUGUGACAUGCUAGACAAGCCAUUAAUAUUAGUAGUAGAGUAACAAGUAACGUAACGCAAUGUCCUGUUGCUGAACCCACCUCUUCUUUUGGCAAAACAAAACACUGACGCGCCAGGUUUGUUUCUUUUGCCAAAAGAAGAUGCAAUUUUCGCACCCACAAAAUCUCAAUCUCUGGGCAAGAUUGGAUUCUACCCACGUAACGCUCUCACCGAACGAAUUUACUUUUGUCGUUUUCAACACCCAGCUACUACCAACACUGAAGUUUUUGGCGUGGAAAUCGUUGCAAACACACACACACACAAACAAUUAAAAAAAAAGUUCAAUUGUUCAAACAUGUUAAACUACUAUAACCAAAAUAAUACUCAAAUAUUCACAUGUUAUAAUGAUACUUCCCAACAGUUGAGUAAAUACUCACCAAUACAAGCAUAUUAACUUCCAAUGUUGUUUAAAGUUCUACAAAAAAAAUCACUCCAAAUUACAACAACAAAAAUUGUUGAAAUACCCAAACAUUUUCCACUAUACUAAACAUAAAAAUACUUAUAUGAUUGAUGUUACCUAUAUGUUACUUAUAUGUUGAUGUUACCCAACAAUUUACUGAAUAAUCCCUAAAGCGUUGCAAGUACACUUGCCUUUAACUCACUCCAUUUCCAUAAACUACCAAUCUUGUUCGACGCAGAAAAACUACAAAAAGUAACAUAAAAAUUGAAAAACAAACAAAAAAUUAUAGUUGUAUUGUUGUUCUCAAAACCAAAAACCGAUACUCCGAGACUGUAAGACGCAUUACAAGUUUAACCAAUACAUGUCUAUGAAUUUUAAAUGUUGUUCAAAAGACAAAACAUCAAAAAAUACAACAAAAAAAGUUAAACUGUUCACACAUGUUAAACUACUAUAACCAAAAUAAUACUCAAAUAUGCAUAUGCUAUAUUGAAGUUCCUUCUCAAACGACUUGAUACUUUCCAUUAAGUGUCUAUAAACUUCCAUUAUAGAGCAAACUCUUCAGCCAACAUAAAAAUACACAAACAGCAAACCAAAACUACAAAAAAAGUAAAAACAAAUCGUUCUCUAGUUCAAAUAUGUUCAACUAAACCAAAUGUUAAAAGUACUCAAAUAUAAACAUGUUACGCAGAAAAACUACAAAAAGUAACAUAAAAAGUGAAAAA